AUGAAAAUACUCUCUGCAUUCUCUGCUGUCCUGGCGACGACAACUCUCCUGCUUGCUGGCCAAGCCGUUAGCGCGGCACCUAACCGCAAAUGUCAAGUAAAGCACAACGGACUGGAUGACUCAAAGGCUAUCAUGGAUGCUUUUGAAAAGUGCAAGAAUGGAGGCCGGGUCGUGUUCUCAAAGAACAAGACAUACUUGUUGGGUGAUGUCAUUGUGACGCCAGAGCUCAGCGAUGUUGAAAUCGUCUUUGAUGGUAGCUUGACCUACCCCUUCAACAUGAUGUAUAACGACACGACACCACCUGUUCCUGGUGCUGUGCAAGAUGUCAGCGCCUUCUUUACGGUUCAAGGAAAGAAUGUCAAGGUUACUGGUAAUGGUGGUGAGAUUUACGGCUCUGGCGAAGAAUGGUGGCACUUGGAUCCAUUGCCUAGCAACAGACCUGUCAUGAUGGCAUUCAUGGUUGAUGGUCUCGAUGUCCGUGGCAUGAAAAUGAUAAACUCGCCCAACUGGAACUUUUACGUCCAUCGCUCCAAGAAUGUGGUGUUCGAGGAUAUUUUCAUCGAAGAUAUCGACAACAAGUAUGGUGAAAAGCCACACAAUACCGAUGGUUGGGAUACUAGCGAAGUCGAUGGAAUCACCAUUAUUAACUCACACAUCAACAAUUCUGAUGACUGUGUUGCUAUCAAGACUAACACUACCAACAUCCAUAUCGAAAACUUGUACUGCAAUGGCUCCCACGGUAUCUCGGUCGGCUCUCUUGGAAACAUUCCCGAGUUGCCGGACUAUGUCUCCAACAUGUAUGUGAAAAAUGUAACGUGCGAAAACUGCCAGAACGGAGCCCGUAUUAAGACGUGGCCACGAUCCUCUCUCGGAUAUGUCCAAAAUGUUUCCUAUGUUGACUUCCGUGUCACCAACUCUGACAACCCUAUCCAGAUUGAUCAAUGCUAUUUCAAUAUUGAGGAAGAAGAAUGCCUUGCUGAUCCCGCCCACCUGCAAAUCUCCAACAUUCUUUUUCAAAACAUCACUGGUGGUGGCAGCGAGAAGGCUGGGCAAGUGAUGGCUUACCUUGUUUGCUCCGCUGACGCACCAUGCCAAGAAUUCAAAUUUGAUGGCAUCGACCUGCAGCCUUACGACCCUUCGUUGAAGCCUGUGUACCUUUGCCAAAACCUUGCCAACAAUGCCACUGCCGGUAUUGAUUGCACUCCCGCCCACGACUGGGAAGGUUAA